CUCGGGGCGUCCCAGCCCCGGAGGAGGGACCCGGAAGCAGAAGCGGAGCCGCGAGUCGAGCCGAGCCGCUGCCCCCGCUGCCCGCCGGCGCCGGGUGGGGGUCCCGGCUGCUGGAUGGGCAGCGGCGGCGCGGGCCGCGGGCGGCGAUGGGCGAGGAGCAGAGCACGGUGAGCGGCGGCGGGCCGCAGGAGGCGCGGGCCCCCGCCGGCGGCGCCACGGGCCACCCCGAGCCCCCGAGGCCGCGGGGGGACAGCGCCGGGGCACCGGGGCCGCGCGCCGCCUCCGCCGAGCCGAGCGGCGGUGGCUGCGGAAGCGACUCGGGCUGCGCGGACACCAGCGCCCCAAAGCCCGCGGGGAGCCGGGGGGGCCCGGACGGGAGGAAGAGCGGAGCGCCGGGGCAGCCCGCGGGACUGGCACUUACCGGGCCCCUCAACCCCCAGACUUUGCAGCAGCAGCUGGAAGAGGAGGAGGAAGCAGGGGGCCGAGACGAGGGAGGGCAUGAACAGCAGGACGUGCCCCAGGGCGAAGAGCCGGAGCCCAGGACCCGCGUCGGGGCCGCGGACGAACUGGUCUUGGACGUGCUGGGUCAGCGGCGCCCAAUCCCCGCCAAGAGACAAGUCUUCUGCUCCGUGUUCUGCGUGGAGAACGACCUGCCCGAGGCCCCCACCGCGGAGCAGCCCUCGCCACCCGCAUCUUCACCUCGGGCUCCGCCGGUGACGAACGUUCCCAGCACCCCCACCUCCUUCCCCAGCCCCCGGCUGUCCCUCCCGACGGACCCCUUGUCCCCCGACGGCGGCAGCAUCGAGCUGGAGUUCUACCUGGCGCCCGAGCCAUUCUCCGUGCCCAGCCUGUUGGGAGCUCCACCCUACUCUGACCUGGGUGGGGUAGGGGAUCCCUAUGUGCCCCUCAUGGUGCUGAUGUGCCGGGUGUGCCUGGAAGACAAGCCCAUCAAGCCCUUGCCCUGCUGCAAGAAGGCCGUGUGCGAGGAGUGCCUCAAAGUCUACCUGAGCUCCCAGGUACAGCUUGGCCAAGUAGAAAUCAAAUGCCCUAUCACAGAAUGUUUUGAAUUCCUGGAAGAAAGAACGAUUACCUAUAACUUAACACAUGAAGAUUCCAUCAAAUAUAAGUACUUCUUGGAACUUGGCCGUAUUGAUUCCAGCACCAAGCCUUGUCCUCAGUGCAAGCACUUUACAACCUUCAAGAAAAAAGGACAUAUUCCCACCCCUUCCAGAUCAGAAAGCAAAUACAAAAUCCAGUGCCCCACUUGCCAAUUCGUCUGGUGUUUUAAGUGCCACUCUCCUUGGCAUGAAGGUGUUAACUGCAAGGAGUACAAAAAAGGGGACAAGUUGUUGCGUCACUGGGCCAGUGAAAUUGAGCAUGGGCAGAGGAAUGCCCAGAAGUGUCCAAAGUGCAAGAUCCACAUCCAGAGAACUGAAGGAUGUGACCAUAUGACCUGCUCACAAUGUAACACUAAUUUUUGUUACCGAUGUGGGGAAAGAUACCGCCAGCUCCGGUUCUUUGGAGACCACACUUCAAACCUCAGUAUAUUUGGAUGCAAAUAUCGCUACCUCCCAGAGAGACCUCAUCUAAGGAGAUUAGUGCGAGGGUCGGUCUGUGCUGGAAAAUUAUUCGUUGCACCUCUAAUCCUGGUCUUGGGAUUAGCACUAGGGGCCAUAGCAGUUGUAAUCGGUUUAUUUGUAUUUCCUAUCUAUUGCCUUUGUAAAAAACAGAGAAAACGAUCACGGACAGGAAUGCACUGGUAAAAUGCAGAAUGAUUUCCUGUAACUAAGCCGGUCUGGGUAGGAGCCACACAGAAUGGCACACCGUCUGAGAGUCACGUCUUGAAAAACACUGCGUCCAGUCUCCCUGUGGUUCUCUGCAGGCCACAAUGCCUCUAGCUCCGGUGCGCUCCCUACAUGGUAUCCUGUCCUUUCCUUAUACAGUUUGCUGCUGUUAAAAAAUGGUCACUUUCAUAGACUAUAAAUAUCUGUAACGUAACUCUGACAUUCUUACUGGUUCUUGGAAGAAAAUAUUUUAAUUAAGAGCCAGUUAUCCUCAGAAUUAUCUGAGCAUGCCUCUCCCGAGCACUGUUUGGACUGUCUUUGUACCUAACCCCCCUUCCAGGCCCUCUUCUGAGACUUGGUGUGAAUAGCGGAAGUCAUCCCACCUGUACCAAUAAGCAAGGCCACUUUUCAGAAGAUAAAGGCCGGCCAUAUGUACCUGUUUUUAUCUGUGGCCCAAGCAAUGUAAUUCCUUCAUCCUUCCGAUGCUAUAAUUGUUAAAAAUCUCAAUGCCCAAAAGGGAACAAAUGAAACGAAAUUAAUGAGAAGAAUCAUGGGUUGCUGAAGUGUAUAUGUGCAGGGGUGUGAAUGUGUGUGUAUAAUAAGUAUCUGUAUUAAAACUAGGUUCAGUUACCUUGUACUUGUCAAGUUCCAUGCCUCUACACUAUUUUUCCACAUUUUCAUAGACAUACUUAAAGAUAAUCGUUCCUUUGUGGGCAUAUUUUGGUAAUGUACUGAAUUAAAGUCAAUGUAGACAACAGGCUACUUUGAUGUUGACCCUUUCUAUUCCUUGCUCUCUUUGUCUCACACACAUGCACACACGCCAGAAAUCUGUGCAAUGUCACCUCAAGGAUCAUCAAACUUUAUUAACUGACAAAACUGAUAGGCUGCUUUUAGGAAAUUGUCAAGACCAGAAUGUUUAGUCUCUUCAGAUUUCUUAUAUUUUGGCAUAGAUGUUUUAUUAAAUGAACAAAUCCUUCAGAGGGGAUUAAUUUAAAUAACAAGUUUGCUGUAGUGAGAACUGCUUAAGCCUUUAAACAAAUUGUUGUUCUGCUAGUUUUUUAAUCAACUAGUAAUGACAGAUAAUUCUGCUUUAGGUCAAGUUCUGAUAGUAUUGGAAACCCCACCCUCUUACCUCUUUUCUCUUUCUCUCUCUCUCUUUUUUGUUUGUCCCCAAGAUUUUCAUUUAAAAAAAAGUACUAGUUUUGAAGGGUUUUUCUUAUGUUUACUGCUCAAGUGCAUACUAAUGUGCUGAUGUCUUCUUAUGGAUAGGGUAAUUUGAAAACACAAUUUUUUGUGAUUAUGGAUGCGUUUAUCUAAAAUAGAAACAACUUUUGGAGAAGGAAACAAAAAAAAAAGGAAGGAAAUAUUUUCAGCAAGUUUUACCAAGCUGAGAAGUCUUUAAAAAUAAGAAAAAGACACAUAGCUAAACAAUGUUAUUCCUUUGUUUUCAUCAUGAAAGUUCAUUAGCAGAAUGGAAGUAAAGAUCCCUAAGAAGCCUGAAGUUUCCCCUUGUCUCCAAAUCCUUAAAAUUAGAUAUCUGCAUAGAUGUAGCAUUUAUUUGUCAGAAGCCUUACCUGAAUUGUAAUAAAUUCUGUGAUAAAACAUGCAUUAACAUGGAUAGUUGGUCUUGUUGGGCUCUAACAACUAUAAGAACAUUUAUCAUUUUUAUUGGGCCUAAAAAGUCCAUGAUAGUGAAGUUUACUUUCAUGAGUAAUGAGCUAGCAUGCUUCCAUUCCUUCUGAAGAACACUCAGAAUAGCUACACUGAAGCUUCUGGACUAGUCUCUAUUCAGUUAGAAGAAGGUGUGCCAUUUGUGAUUCUACAAUGGUGUAUUUCUAAAGCAUAACAUGGUGCAAGAAAAAGUGAUGCUUUAGUUUCACAAAUUCACCUUUCCAUUCAUCCAUCCAUCCAAUGGAUAUUUUUGAGUGCCUAUUCUAUGUGCUCUAGUCUUAAAACAAGAGAAUGAAACUUUCUAGCCUACAUCGAUGUAAUUCUGUCAUAAAAGUGCUUAAUUUUUGUAAAUUCAUUUUUUUCUGGACUUAGGUGUUAGUUUGACAAUAUGUGAAUGUGAUGAAUUUUAAAUCUAGUGGAUAAUAUGUUUAUGUAUGAUAUGUGUAUGUAUAUAUACAUUUAAAUAUACAUACAUAUAUAAUAUUUGCAUAGCUGCAUAUAAAUACAGUUGCCACAUACAUAUAUACCAACUGGCUAAAUAAUAUACUCUCUGGUCUUAGAUAAUCUAUUUUCUUAGGUUAUUGUGUCUCUUGUCUUUGGCCUACUCAGGGAUUUUUAUUCCUUCCUUUGAAUAACUUAUCUUUUGGAGGAAUUUUUAUAUUAUUUAGAAAUGUUCCAAUUUUCCA